UUACACUCCUGUUGUCCUAAACUGGUGAUUCAGGCCUUUCCGCCCUUUGCAGAACUUUGGCCCUUUGGAGACUGGGCAGUCAGCAGGGGGAGGUCUAGCCCCCAGCUCUCUUUCUGAGUGGCUUAACUGGCUCCAACCGCCCAAUCUGCCUUGAUCAGAUGGAAGCGCCCGGGGCUAUUUCCCUGCAGAUGGGAGUCAAUGCACUGUGUGCUUUAAAGCCCCGCCUGCCCUUGGGGCUGCCCACUCCCUCUUCUGAUCCCCCCUGGGCGGCGGGGGAAGACCUAUCUAAGCAGGGCCCCGGACUACAUCUCCCAGCGUGCCUGGCAGAGUGGUGGCCUCUGUGCGUCAGCUGCACCAGUUGCGGGCAACAAUGCAGCGGGCUGGGAGCAUGAUGUCCCAUCUGGGCUCGCGUCUGCAGGCACUCCCCUCGGCUCUGCGCCGUUCGCUCAGUUGUGUACAGGUGGGAUACAGGGUGCUGGGUUGUGCUGCCAGUCUUGGAGGGUGGGGGAGGGAGAGGGCUGGGUUCUGGGGCCUUGGUGGUACUGAGCCCGGCCGUCCGCAGGACGAGCUCCGCAGGACACCGCUCUACGACUUCCACCUGGGCCAUGGUGGGAAGAUGGUGGCAUUUGCGGGCUGGAGUCUGCCUGUGCAGUACCGGGACAGCCACAUUGACUCACACCUGCAUACACGCCGGCACUGCUCACUCUUUGACGUGUCCCACAUGCUACAGACCAAGAUAUUUGGCCGUGACCGGGUGAAGCUGAUGGAGAGUCUAGUGGUUGGAGAUAUUGCAGAGCUCAAGCCAAACCAGGGAACACUGUCGCUGUUUACCAAUGAGGCUGGAGGCAUCUUAGAUGACUUGAUUGUGACCAACACCUCUGAGGGAAACCUGUAUGUGGUGUCCAAUGCUGGCUGCUGGGAGAAGGACCUGACCCUCAUGCAGAACAAGGUUAGGGAGCUUCAGAAUGUGGGCAGUGAUGUGAGCCUGGAGGUGAUGGAUAAUGCUCUGCUGGCCCUGCAAGGCCCCACUGCAGCCCAGGUGCUACAGGCUGGCGUGGCAGAUGAUCUGAGGAAACUGCCCUUCAUGACCAGUGCUGUGAUGGACGUGUUUGGCGUGUCUGGCUGCCGCGUGACCCGCUGUGGCUACACAGGAGAGGAUGGUGUGGAGAUCUCGGUGCCUGCAGUGGAGGCAGUCCGCCUGGCAACAGCUCUGUUGGAAAACCCAGAGGUGAAGCUGGCAGGGCUGGCGGCCCGGGACAGCCUGCGCCUGGAGGCAGGCCUCUGCCUAUAUGGGAACGACAUUGACGAACACACCACACCUGUGGAAGGCAGCCUUAGUUGGACGUUGGGGAAGCGCCGCCGAGCUGCUAUGGACUUCCCAGGAGCCUCAGUCAUUGUUCCCCAGCUGAAGAGCAAGGUGCAGCGGAGGCGUGUGGGGUUAAUGUGUGAGGGGGCUCCCGUGCGGGCACACAAUCCCAUCCUGAGUACAGAGGGUACUGUGAUUGGUGCUGUGACCAGUGGCUGCCCCUCACCCUGCCUGAAGAAGAAUGUGGCGAUGGGUUAUGUGCCGUAUGAGUACAGUCGGCCAGGUACCCCACUGCUGGUAGAGGUGCGGCGGAAGCAGCAGAUGGCCAUGGUCAGCAAGAUGCCCUUUGUGCCCACAAACUACUACAUCCUUAAGUGAGGAUGACUUGGGGAGGGGUGGGGCCCUCCCCUCCAGGAGCCUUACCCUGGAGGGCAUUCUACAAGGGGUUAGUCAGGAAGCUGAGGCAGAACACAUUUGGGAUAGGUGGCUAGGUGGAGGCUGGUUCUGGUCGUCUGGGUGAGGGGGGACACACCACCUACUCCCACCUCAUCCUGUGCCACUGGCAACUUCACUUCUGAGUGACGGACCAGUCCUCGCUCCCGUUGACCCCACUCUUAGCGUGCUGGAGAAGCAUCAGUUCUGGCACCUCACCCUUCCACUCUGCCAGGUGCUGCCUGUGAAGCAAAGGCUCACCUUUAGGGGGAGGAGAAAGCCUGCCCAACCUACCUCACCACCGUUUCUCACACUGCAAAGGGUUAUUACCUUGGGCAGUGCCGGCUACCUCCUCUAGAUCACGUUACAUGAAUGCAAACUGUUGCCUCUCCCUGGGCAGGGAUGGUUCCUGACUCACAGAGGGUUGGCCCAGUAGGGCUGCGGUACCUGUGUGUAAACUCGGGGAUGGCUGAGGGGAGCAUGGACUCACUCUUCCACAUUCUCCAGUUGGCCCAGCCUGCUGCCCAGUAGCCAGUCAGGCCAGGCUCACCACCUGUUCUGAGCCCCAGGGCUGUUGUAGGGCAGGCUGGGCCUCCUCCUGGACUUGCCUUAUCCUGGGCUGACCUUUGCCCCUGGGACUUAUUACUGGACUCUACUGACUCCUAAAAAAAAAGCAUUAAAUAAGUUUCCCUCCUUCUUGCU